AUGCUUCAGGCUCCGCCUCCUGUUGGCCAGGUCCCAGUGUCUGCUGGGAAGAUAUUGAGCACGAAGCCUACUGAAACUGCUUCGGGACCUACCUACGAGCACGAGGUCAUCGAAAACUAUAACACGGAAGAGGACGCACUUUUGUUAUCAACAAAAUGGAUCAGCACCUCCAAACUGUUAGAUUUAGCCAAAAAUCGAGGCUUGGUAUAUAAAAAGGGGAAAUUUUCAGCCAUAGAAGAAAAACAACUCAACGAUGCAAUCGAGCGAUAUACUACCGCCAAGCAACUCACGCCUGAUCAACUGAACGAAGUUAUCUUUCCCAGUGAGGACAAAAGCAGAGACAAUCAGUUCUGGUCUGAGAUAAGUAAGGCAGUCCCUCAACGACCCAUAAUCUCUGUAUAUCAUCAUGUUCGACGUACACGUCAUCCUCUCAAGGCGCAGGGCAAGUGGCUCCCCGCUGAAGAUGCAAAACUUCAAGAGGCCGUUGCGAGUUUUGGACAGAAAUGGGAGAAAAUCAGCUUCAUAGUUGGUCGGAGAGCGCCUGACUGCCGUGAUCGUUGGCGUAAUCAUAUUGUUGGGCGUGAAAUUCGUGUCACUGGACCGUGGACUAAGGAGGAGGAGGAAGAGCUAACGCGUAUCGUAGAAGAAAUGACUGUGAAGAAAGGCGGUACUUUGGACGAUGAUGUUUUCUGGGGUGCGGUCAGCGAUCUCAUGGGCAACAAGCGUAACCGACAACAGUGUCGUAUAAAAUGGACCGAUGCUCUUAGUAAACGCGUCAAGCUGGAUGGGAAAAAACCCAGAUGGAGUAACCAAGACUCUUACAUCUUGGUUCACAAAUUGGACUCCCUUCGCGUGCGAGAUGACACCGAAAUUGACUGGAAAACUCUUGCCGAUGAGGACUGGAACCUUUGGAGCGCUCAUGUAUUGCAACGUCGUUGGCUAAGCAUGAAGAGAAGCGUCAAAGGCUAUGAAGAAAUGCCUAUACAAGAAAUCAUGGAAAUUCUGAAAGCCAAGAAGACUAACUUCGAUCCGACACCCAGUAAGACGAAGCGAAAACCUUCCAAGAAAUUCCCUAGUGCAGAGACCGUCGACAGUAGUGAUAAAGAUGAAAACGAGGAAGAAGAAGUCGAGGAUUGA